AUGGAGACGGCUCUGAAAUCAUGGGAGCUCGACAACAACAUCGAAUUGGUCGACCCCAAACGCGACGCCCUGUACAACUACGACGCCCAAGGCCAGAAAUCCAUAAACCAAGAGAAACCAUGGGCCCGCGACCCCAACCACUUCAAGCGCGUCCGCAUCAGCGCCGUCGCCCUCAUAAAGAUGACGAUGCACGCCCGGUCCGGCGGUAACCUCGAGGUCAUGGGCCUCAUGCAGGGCUACGUCGACGGCGACACCUUUGUCGUCACCGACGCCUUCCGGCUGCCCGUCGAAGGAACCGAGACCAGAGUCAACGUACAGGAAGAAGCAAACGAGUACCUCGUGGAAUACCUCGACCUGUGCCGCGCCCAGGGGAGACAGGAGAACGUGGUCGGAUGGUACCACUCCCACCCCGGGUACGGAUGCUGGCUCAGCGGCAUCGACGUCGCGACCGAGGCAAUGCAGCAGCAGUUCCAGGACCCAUUCCUCGCCGUCGUCAUCGACCCCGACCGCACCAUCAACGCCGGCAAAGUCGACAUUGGCGCCUUCAGAACAUACCCGCACUCGCACAAGGUCGAGGGCGCCGGGGCUGACGCGGCCGACGGGUUACAGACCGUCCCUCUGGCCAAGGCCGCCGAGUUUGGUGCCCACGCCAGCCGGUAUUACAGCCUCGAGGUGUCGCACUUCAAAAGCACCCUCGACGCCCACCUGCUCGAGCUCCUCUGGCACAAGUACUGGGUGCAGACGCUCAGCCAGAGCCCGCUGCUGACGAACCGCGACUUUGGGAGCAAGCAAAUGCUCGACCUGAGCUCCAAGAUCAAAGAAGUCACGACAAGCAUGGCGCGGAGCCGAGGUCAGGGAAUGGGCGGUGGCGGCCCGGCUGUUAAGGACAAGACUAUCGAGAAGCUGACCCAGGAUACAAGCUUGAUUGCGACAAAGGAGAGAUCGGGUCUGAUGGCGGCCGAGAUCAAGGCCAAGGUGUUUAAUGAGUUGGGUGCCAGGAACGCAUGA